GAUUCGAAAUUUUCAAAAUGGUCGCCGUUCAAGAGUGGAGAAAAAAUGUUUUUGUUUUGUUCGUCUUUCAUUUCUUAUUUUGUUCACAUCAAAUCCACGCAAACUCUCAUGAAUUUUCGAAAGUGUUUUCAUCAAAUCAUACUAAUAACUGGGCUGUAAUAGUUUGUACAUCGCGUUUUUGGUUUAAUUAUCGCCAUGUCGCUAACAGUUUGGCAAUAUAUAGGAGUGUGAAAAGACUUGGAAUACCUGAUAGCCAUAUAAUUUUAAUGCUAGCUGAUGAUAUGGCUUGCAAUGCUCGAAAUCCAAGACCAGGAACUGUAUUUAGUAUGGAUCAACAGACCAAUAUCUAUGGUGAUGAUGUGGAAGUAGAUUACCGAGGUUAUGAGGUCACUGUGGAGAAUUUCAUUAGAGUUAUCACUGGUCGCCUACCCCCAAGUGUACCACGUUCUAAACGUCUGCUCUCAGAUGAUGGAAGCAAUAUUUUAUUGUACAUGACUGGUCAUGGAGGUGAUGGAUUCUUAAAAUUUCAAGAUUCCGAGGAAAUUUCUAACAUAGAGCUAGCAGAUGCUAUGGAACAAAUGUGGCAAAAACAAAGAUAUCACGAGGUAUUUUUUAUGGUGGAUACAUGCCAAGCAGAAUCAAUGCAUCAGAAAUUCUACUCGCCUAAUAUACUUGCUGUAGGAAGUAGCAAAGUUGGGCAAGAUUCAUUAUCGCAUCACAGAGACUCUGACAUUGGGGUAUAUGUUGUGGACAGUUAUACAUACUAUGUUCUUCAAUUCUUGGAAAGAGUUGUUCCAAGCAGUCGGGCUACCAUUAAUGAACUGUUUCAAUCAACCACACCAAGUCUUGUUCGCUCCACGCCAAGUGUAAGGAGUGACUUGUUUGAAAGAGAUGUACAAGAGGUACUUGUAACUGAUUUCUUUGGAAGUGUUCACAUGGUGGAAUUAUCCAGUUUCAGUAAUCUAGUCAUUAACAAUGAAUUAAAAGAAAAAACAGGGAGUCAAGAUGAACAUAGUAAAAUUACAAAACGAUUGAAAUUACCAAAACAAUUUCUUUGGCAGCCAGAAGAAGUGUCAAUGGAAUUUACGUUAACAUUUUCGUGGAUUUUUUACGCGCUAUUUUCCAUAUUUAUUGGAGCUAUUAUAUUGUCUUUGAUUUCCCUUAUAGUGUGACCUUCAUCACAUAUGUAAAUAAUAGACAAGAAGCAAUUAAACGCGCCAUAUUAAACUCAUUAGCAUAAUUUGCGCAAACAUUAAACUACGUGCUUAUAGGUCUUUACAAGAUCAAUCACAAACAAUAUUUUAUAUUUUUAAUACAGCAGAUAUUUAUUCGUUAGAGUUCUUCUAGUUUUAUAAUGCAUUCUUUUACGAAAUUUAAUCUAAAGUUCAACUCACUUAUGAUUGAUAUAAAAAUGGUGUAUGUAGUGCUGUUUGUUUGAAUGGAGAUUUAUCUGCAAGUUCUAAUCACUAAGAGUUUUAACUCAUUAUUUUGUAUAUAUGUAAUAAAACAAUUCAUUCACGUCAAAUAACAUUUCAAAUACAACAAAA